GAAAUUGCGGCGUAACAUAUUAAUUUAUUUCCGGUUCUAGCGCGUUAGGAUGUUCCGCUGCAGCGUUUUUUUACGUUUCUUUUGGUCACACUGAUCCAGAUCCGAGUGGUUUUUUUUGUGUGCACGUUGGUAUACAUCGCGGCAGCCACGUUGAAAGGAAGAACGUGAAUGUCAAUACAACGAACACACAGAGGGAACGGUGAAGAUAAAAACUAGCGGCGCAGAAGAAUCGAGGAAGGAACAGGCUGCUUAACCCUCCCCCCACAGCCACCAGCCACGAGCCACCGUCACACAGCAACCACAAAAAACCACUCGUAAUUCUAUUGGCAACGACUUCGAAGGGGAACAGGAGAUAACAAUUCACAAGCAAUAUGUCUGGCGAAGAAACGUCUGCUGAUCGCAAUGUCGAAAUAUGGAAAAUAAAGAAACUCAUCAAGAGUCUGGAAAUGGCACGCGGAAAUGGCACCAGCAUGAUUUCUCUGAUUAUUCCGCCAAAGGAUCAAAUCUCGCGCGUUAGCAAAAUGUUGGCCGAUGAAUUUGGAACGGCCUCGAACAUCAAGUCGCGCGUGAACCGCUUGUCCGUCCUCGGUGCCAUUACGUCGGUCCAGCACAGACUUAAGUUAUACACCAAAGUGCCUCCAAAUGGUUUGGUCAUCUACUGCGGCACCAUUGUCACAGAGGAGGGCAAGGAGAAGAAAGUGAACAUAGACUUCGAGCCAUUCAAGCCCAUCAACACCUCGCUGUAUCUGUGCGACAACAAGUUCCACACGGAGGCCCUCACUGCCCUGCUGGCCGAUGAUAACAAAUUCGGCUUCAUUGUGAUGGAUGGUAAUGGUGCGCUGUUCGGUACCCUGCAGGGCAACACCCGCGAGGUACUGCACAAAUUCACCGUCGAUCUGCCGAAGAAGCACGGACGUGGUGGUCAGUCCGCCCUCCGUUUCGCCCGUCUGCGCAUGGAGAAGCGCCACAACUAUGUGCGCAAGGUGGCAGAAGUGGCCACCCAACUGUUCAUUACCAAUGACAAGCCCAACAUUGCCGGCCUCAUUCUGGCUGGUAGCGCGGACUUCAAGACCGAGCUCAGCCAGUCCGAUAUGUUUGAUCCCCGUUUACAAUCAAAAGUCAUCAAGCUGGUGGACGUUUCUUAUGGCGGCGAGAACGGCUUCAAUCAGGCCAUCGAAUUGGCCGCCGAGUCAUUGCAGAAUGUGAAAUUCAUACAGGAAAAGAAACUCAUUGGACGAUACUUUGAUGAAAUUUCUCAGGACACUGGGAAAUACUGCUUCGGAGUGGAGGACACUUUGCGCGCACUGGAACUGGGAUCAGUGGAGACUUUGAUCUGCUGGGAGAACCUCGACAUUCAACGCUACGUUCUUAAGAAUCAUGCCAACUCGACGUCAACGACAGUAUUACAUUUGACGCCUGAGCAGGAAAAGGACAAGUCGCACUUCACUGACAAAGAGAGCGGCGUGGAGAUGGAGCUUAUCGAGUCUCAACCGUUGCUGGAAUGGCUGGCAAACAACUACAAAAUGUUUGGCGCCACGCUGGAGAUCAUUACAGAUAAAUCGCAGGAAGGAAGUCAGUUUGUGCGUGGCUUCGGUGGCAUUGGCGGUAUUUUGCGCUACAAAGUAGAUUUUCAAUCCCUGCAGGCUGACGAGCCGCUGGAGGACGUUGAUCUCGAUGAUUACUAGACACCAGUGUGCUGUGAACAGAUUCGCAAUUUGCGAAUUGCGAAUUGCGGGUCUCGAGUUCUCGAUUAUGCGUUACAUAAAACAAAUAACCAUAUACUUUUUUGGGGAAAUCUCGUAAAGCAAAACGUUCAAAUUGAUUAGGAACCAAUUUACUUGCCACAUAGUUUUAAUCUAUGUUCAGCGUAGCCGUUCUAUACAAUAUUUAUCACCAGAGUAGGGAGGGUCCUGCAUCACUCGGAGGUGGAUUGCAUUUCACUGUCGGAUCAGGUCAGGGUGCAUAUAGAUGCGCACCCACAUAUAUCUACGAUUUACCAAAUUUUUUAAUUAGUUCGUGAAUACUUUU